AUGAAUAUUCGAGGAUUCAAGUUCUUAGUCGAAGCCACAAUCAUAAAUGUUUAGAUAAGCGUUCAGUUUAAUUGUAAAAUAUAGGUCAUUCUAAAAAGAGGUAUACCAUUUCAUUCUUAAUUAAUUCAAAAAGGGUCGUAAAAAUUGGAAACUCAACCUACAUAUGAAUUGUAGAAAGGAAUUGCCAUAAUCAACGAGUCCUUAAAUUGCACUAUUUCAGUCAACUUGGGUGCUGAUGGAAAGUUCGAAGAGAAGAAAACUCAAAUAAUAGUCAUUCUGGUCACUGAUAAAGGAUAAAAGAAUGCUGGAAUGCAUAACAUGAAUUUAUCGCAAUAUCUCAAUCAACAAUAGUUUGAAUUUUAAGAAGUCUUGCCAUUAGAAAAAUGCCCAGAUAAAAAUGCUAAAGUUGUAGUUAACUUUAAAAUUAAACAGAUAGGAGAAAUAGAUCAGGAAUUGGAAACUACAGAUCAGUCUCUUGAUACUUCCCAGGUUUCAAUUUAAACACCAAAAAAGAUGAUGUAGGAACUAAAGAAUGACAAUAGUGACAAAAAGAAUCAGGAUUCUGAUCUGAAUAAUUAGAUUUAAAAACUUAAAUUGAAAUUAAAUGAUAUGGUGGAUAAGGAAUUCCAUCAAGAGAGUAUUCUAAAUUAUGAAUAACAAUUGCAAGAAUAAAAUGCAAAGCUAAAAACCAUCAUUAAUGAAAACACUAUGAUUCAUGCCCAAUUAAAAGCUAAGUCUUUUGUUAUUGAUUAACAAACUGAUGAGAUUGCUUAAUUGAAAUCAAAAUUAAAUGAAUAUGAACUCGAGAACUAAGGAAAUUACAAAACUCAAAUUAACAUUUUAAAUGAGAAAAACAUGCAAUUAGAAAACUUAGUCAUUGAAUUAAAAUAAGAAAUAAAUAACCUGAAUACCAUUAUCUAGGAAACCCAAAAGGAAUCCUUUAAUUCUAAUGAAAAUAACUAAAUUGAACAAUUAAAUGAGGAAAUAGAAAGCUUGAAAAAGUAGGUUAAGGAAAAAAAUGAACAAAUCUAAAAUCUAAAAAAUCUAACUUCAGGAACUAUUAUGGCAUUAUAGUAGAGAAAUGAAGCUUUGGAAAAACGAUUGAAUGAAUAAAAAGAUGCAGUAGAAAAACUUAAAAAUCAAGACUAAGCAGCUAAAGCCAUUUCUAGCAAUGACUCAAGUAUCUUAGUUGAAGAACUGUAGUCGGCUUUGAGCAUUAAGAAAUAGGACUUUGAGACUUUACAAUAGAAGUACGAAUAGGAAUUGGCAAAGAAGGAAGAAAUUGUAUAGAAUUUAUAACAUAAAUUGGAAGAAUCAAUGAGAAAGGAACUUGAUACUAGUAAAACAAGUUAGGAUUCUAAAAAUUAAGCGUAUUAAUUAGAGAAAUAAAUUGAAGUGUCAACAAAUCAGUAAGAUAAAUCCAAAGUAGAACAACAAAUGGCUAGGCUAAGAAGUCAAGUCCAAUAAUGGCAAUCCAAAUGGGAAAGCAACCUAAAAGUACUUAGCGAUUACAAUAAUGAAGUCUAACAGAUGCAAAGACAAAUUGCCGAUGUUCCAUCUUUCAUUGACGAUCAAAAGGAACUUCCCGAUCAGUUACAAUCAUUGAAAAGAGCAAUAUAAAGCAAGCUUUAAGGCUAUCAAUAGUCAUAAAUCUCCUUAGAGUAGAGGGUUCAAUAGUUGUAAUAAGAGUUGGAAAUUUGUUAAUAUAAAUUGAAAUUGGAAUAAAGUUAAUAAUGUUCUGAUUCCUAAUUCCAAGAGUAGAUGCAUGCUCACAAUGAAGAAACCUAACGAUUGAACUCAACACUUUAACAGCAGUCAGACGAGUUGAAAGAAUUGCGUCAAUUAUCUGAACAGUAAAAGCAGUCAGAGUUGGAUUUGUAGAAACAACUUGAAGAGACUAAGUCAUAGUUGAAUACCGUUAGGUAAAAUAUGAUGAAAUGUAAAUAAUAAUUGGCUGAGGCCUUACAGGAGAAAGUAUUAUUAUAGGCUAAAAUGGCAGAGCAACAAAAAUCGAUUAAAGAAAAGAAUUCAGAAAUUCAGAAGAGCUAAGAAUUGAUCGCAGAACUAGAGUAAUAUAAUAUUCAAAUGGAAGAGACUAUAACCACUACUCUUGAUUAAUAUAAAAUACAAAACUAGCAGACCAAGCAAUCCUAUGAAAAAGAGAAAAAGUGGAGACAAGAACUCUCAGAGUAAAUAAAGGUACUCAAAGAGGAAUUAUCAAAACUUCAAUAAGGAUUAGGAACUCAAUAGAAGGUAGAAUAAGAAAUAAAAUAAUAAUGUAAUUGUCAAGAAUAAUUAAAAUAAAAUUAACAUUAUAUUGAAGAAUUAUAAUAACAAAUAGCAGAAUUAUAAUUAUUUAAAUUGGAAUAGGGAAUAUAAAGAAAUAGCAUUGUAUAAAUAAGAACAAGUAUUUAUGCAAGUAGAAGAAAUUCCUUAAUUUAACCAUAAGUUGACGAUUUAAAUAAAAAAGAUGAUGCUUUUGUUAGUUAAAGAAAUGUUUAAUAAAAUGAUAUUGGAAGAAUUCAGGAACUUGAAGAAUACAUUAAUCAUUUAACAAAUGAGAAAAUUAAAGUAUCCAAAGAUUAUUAAAAUGAAAUAGAAAGAGUACUCUCAGCAAAUGAUGAAUUAGAUAAAAAAUGCAUAAAAUUGUUAUAAGAAUUAGAACUUAGUAAAAUAAAGAUUGGAGAUAUAUUCAAUGCAGCAAUUGAAAUUGGAGGAACUCCACUGGUCGACAAACUUUAGAUUGCAUUUGGUAUAGAAGAAGAAUGA